CAGUUUUCAUGUUGUUGAAAUAAUUUAAUCGUUCUACAAUAUUUAAAUAUAGCACGUUAUUAAUUAUUUCUUCUCAAAAAUAUUUAAAUUAAUUUAUAUUUGAAUUUGAAUUUUAAUUACAUUUAAUUGAAAUAGCUACCCAACCCCAUCAUGUCACAAUUUUAAUUAGUUACAUUUAUAAGUGACACUAUUUAUCAAAACUCAUAUCACUCCUGAAAUAUCUUUAUUGUAUAAUUGUAUUUAUGUAUACCAUCUCCCUAAAUUAUAUACAAAAUCAUUCAAAUUUGUAUAAUCACAUUUCCAAACAAGCUCUGAUAUUAACUCUAUAAGGUGGAUAUAAUAGGCAAAAACCAAUUUUGUAAGAAUAGGGCCUUUUUAUGUGAAGUAGUUGAUAAAAUGUCAUUUUGUAUUAAGGCCAUUUAUGUGAACGUAGUUGAUAAAAUGUCAAUCAAGACUGCGACCGUGCAACAAAUUACGCAAUUAUAUCAGUAGUCUAUGUUGAUGCAUGUUUGUUUUAUUUUUACAAAAAUGUAAAUAUGAUAUGAUCUAAGUUGUUCAUCCGUCAAAAGAUGAGAUGAUAGCUAAUGAGGUCCUAGCUCCAAUGACAAAGUUGAGGCAUUGAAUUUCUUUUGUAAGAGGAUUUAGGUUCAAUUUCACUUGCGUGUGCAUAGGCGGAUCUAGUAUAGAGCAAAGCGGGUACAGUUGUACCCUCAAAUUUUUUAUAAAAAGAAUAUUAUUAUAUAUAAAAAUUAAAAAAUUACUUUUAAUUUUUUAUUUGUAGAAGAACUAGCUAACAAUUUUAAAGAAAAAUAAAAAAAAUAAAAAUCUUCUCAUCAUACCUUGUACAUCAGAAUAAGAUAAAAAAAAAUAGGUAUUACAUAUUCUUCAAGAGAAAGUUAUGAAUUUGGAUGGUCCAAGUACUAGUAGUGUGUCAUUAGAGGAGAAAGAAAUAGUUUAUGAUCUUUUAAAUUAAACAAUGCACAUAAUAUACUACUAGUUUAUGUUUAUGUAGCGCACCCCCAGAUAUUAAGUCCUGGAUCGGCCACUGUGCGUGCGGAUAGUUUUCCCACUUUCCGUCUAUAUGCGGACAAUUUUUGCACCUAUGUAUGGUGUAAAUCCCGUCUGCAUGUGAGUUGCUUAUUUAAUUACAUAAUAGAUACCCUUGUGUAAUUUUAAAAAAAAUGAUAAAUAUUUGCACUAAAAAUCAUCAAGAUAUUAAUUUGCGUAAUUAAAAUCGUGAGUAGUGUCGAAUUUAUAAUUAAAUUUGUGGGUUCUAUCGUCUCUUCUCUCCCUAUAUAUAUCUCCCUCACUUGCUCAGUUUCGUAAAUAGCUAGCUUUUUGCAUAUAUGAUUGAUUCAUGUUAGGUUGCAGUGGAUGGCAAUUAACACAAAUUAAACGCUGAUUUAGAGUAAAAGUUUUGGUUUGAAAAGCAAUAAUUAUUUAAUUGGAAAUUGGAUUAAUAAAGAAUGUGGAGGCUAAAGAUUGCAGAAGGCGAGGACGGGCCAUACCUCUUCAGCACCAACAACUACGUGGGCCGACAGACUUGGGAAUUCGACCCGGAUUACGGCACGCCGGAGCUCCGGGAAGAGGUCCACAAAGCCCGCCGUCAUUUCUGGGACAACCGUCGCCAUGUCAAGCCCAGCAGCGAUCUCCUCUGCCGGAUUCAGUCCUUGCACGAGAAGAAUUUCAAACAGACGAUACCCCAAGUGAAGGUGGCUGACGGCGAAGACAUCACCUACGAAGCGGCCUCCGCCACGCUGCGGCGAGCCGUCACUUUCUUCUCCGCCUUGCAAGCAAGCGACGGCCACUGGCCGGCUGAGAACUCUGGCCCUCUCUUCUUUCUUCCACCUUUGGUCAUGGUUACGUACAUUACCGGCCAUCUCGACACUGUUUUCCCGGCAGAGCAUCGUCGCGAAAUCCUCCGUUACAUAUACUGUCAUCAGAAUGAAGACGGCGGGUGGGGAUUCCACAUAGAAGGGCACAGCACCAUGUUCGGCACUGCGCUGAACUACAUUUGCAUGCGUAUAUUAGGCGAAGGAGGCCUAAACAAUGCUUGCAGCAGAGCAAGAAAAUGGAUUCUUGAUCACGGCACCAUCAAAGCCAUUCCUUCUUGGGGAAAGACUUGGCUUUCGAUACUAGGAGUAUAUGAGUGGAUAGGAAGCAAUCCAAUGCCCCCUGAGUUUUGGCUGUUUCCAUCUUUUUUUCCUAUACGUCCAGCAAAAAUGUGGUGCUUCUGCCGCAUGGUUUACAUGCCGAUGUCAUAUCUAUACGGGAAGAGAUUCGUGGGCCCCAUAACUCCUCUCAUCUUGGAACUAAGGGAAGAGCUCUAUGAUCAACCUUAUCAACAAAUCAAUUGGGGGAGCAUAACACAUUUCUGCGCCAAGGAGGAUCUCUACUACCCUCAUCCUUUGGUUCAAGAUUUGCUCUGGGAUGGUUGUUACGUGUUGACGGAGCCUCUUCUGACUCGUUGGCCUCUCAACAAGCUGAGGGAGAAGGCGCUUGACGUGACAAUGAAGCACAUCCACUACGAGGACGAGAACAGCAGAUACAUGACCAUCGCGUGCGUGGAGAAGGUGUUGUGCAUGCUGGCGUGUUGGGUGGAGGAUCCCAACGGAGACUACUUCAAGAAGCAUCUUGCAAGAAUCCCGGAUUACCUGUGGCUCGCGGAAGAUGGGAUGAAGAUGCAGAGCUGCGGCAGCCAACUAUGGGACACGGCCUGGGCCUUACAAGCGCUGCUAGCUAGUGAUAUGGAUGAUGAAAUAGGCCAGACUCUGAAGCUAGGGCAUGACUACAUAAACAAGUCUCAGGUAGUUAAGGAAAAUCCUUCUGGUGACUUCAAGAGCAUGUACCGCCAUAUCUCUAAAGGGUCGUGGACGUUUUCAGACCAAGAUCAGGGGUGGCAAGUUUCCGAUUGUACCGCAGAAGCAUUGAAGUGUUGUCUUCUGUUUUCAAUUAUGCCUCCUGAAACUGUGGGACAGAAAAUGGAAGCUGAGGGAUUCUACAAUGCUGUAAACAUAAUUAUUUCCUUACAGAGCAAAAACGGUGGUUUGGCUGGAUGGGAGCCUGCAGGAGCCUCAAAGUGGUUAGAGUUGUUGAACCCUACAGAGUUUGUUGCUGAUAUUGUGAUUGAGCAUGAGUAUGUGGAGUGCACGUCAUCGGCUCUCCAAGCGCUCGCUUUUUUCAACAAGUUGCACCCUCGUCACCGCAAGAAGGAGAUCGAGACCGCUAUCACGAAGGCUGUCGGUUACCUCGAAGAUGUCCAAAGGCCGGAUGGCUCAUGGUACGGAGAAUGGGGCAUUUGCUUCACUUACGCCACUUGGUAUGCCCUCAGAGGACUAGCUGCAGCCGGCGAGACGUACAACAACUGUGCAGCAGUUCGAAAAGGCGUCGAGUUCUUGCUUAGUAUACAAAGAGGUGAUGGUGGAUGGGGAGAGAGCUACCUCUCCUGCCCCAACAAGGAAUACGUCCCACUCGAACACGACCGGUCCAACUUGGUCCAAACUUCAUGGGCUAUGAUGGGUCUAAUCUAUUCGGGCCAGGGUGAGAGGGACCCCACUCCUCUCCACCGUGGAGCUAAGCUUCUCAUCAACUCUCAAUUGGAAAAUGGUGAUUUUCCCCAACAGGAAAUGACUGGAGUUUUCAUGAAGAACGGCAUGUUGCAUUUCGCAGCAUACAGAAAUAUAUUCCCCUUAUGGGCUCUAGCAGAGUACCGCAAGCAUGUAUCAUUACCAUCAAGAACUUGCUAAAUACUACAUGUAUUCCAUUUUAAAUGUAUUUGCAUGUUUCAUUCCUAAAAUGUACCUUUAUACCAUUGAAAGUGUAAUAUUUGUUCUUUUUUUAGCAAAAAGAAAAUAUAAAUGUUAUUCAGUUUGA